ACUUCAUUGCAGCUUGUCAACGCAUCUCUCUCUCCACCGAUUAGGAGGUUGGAGGGAGGGGAAGUGGAAGUGUAGGUAGGACUGAAAGAGGGCGGGUGGAGGAGUGGAUGGUCAAAGGAAAGUGAAGCCUAAGAGCCUAAUUUUUUUUUAUCAAUAAUUUCCAACGAUGUGUGCUGUUUGUGUCGGGAAAAGUGAAUAGCUCUGUGUCCGCCGUGAACUGCAUCGGCACCACGCCGAUAAAGGAUGAUGAGAUUGAUGAAAUAGCGUAAUUUCAUUAUCUGCAGUUCGCAAAAAAAGGACGAGGCAAAUUAUGAUCCGAGGAUGAUAUCUGCAAAGAAAACUCCGGAGAAGCUUCGUUAUCCAAUCCACUAUUUGGUGUGGCACAACAAACACCGACAGCUCGAGAAAGAGCUGACAACGAACGAGCAGGUGAGACAUGGAGCGAGAUGCUGCAGCCUAAACCUCCUCUUAUAGACGAAGGCUUUGUCUUCAGGAGCGGCAACAUUGUAGGGCAAUGAAUUCAAAAACGGUGCUGUAAUCGUUGUCAGCGAAGGAGUGCCUUACUUGCAAACCAAGUAAAAAGCAGAUAGGCCUGAGAACCCAGUUUCAUUGCUCUUAGUAGGCUGGGAGGUAGUGGUCUUCGUGGGUGGGGUGGGGGUAAGGGGGCACUUGUAGACAUGGGAGGAGCCGGCCUUUUUCACGGGGGUGUCCAAACUAGGGCUGUGAGUUUUAGCAGGGGUAGUAGCCAGUUGUAGGAAUAUGAUGUGCUGGUGCAAACCUGGGAGGGCCAUGGUCCCCAAGGAAGAUUAUUUCAUAUUAUGACAUGCCUAUAAAUUUCCUUGAGCAAACCUUACUAAAAGGAUAAAUUAAGUUGUACCCAAUCUAAUCUAAAAGGCAUUUAGACAGAAAUAUAAAUUAUAGAAUGUCAGAGAAAAAUUAAAAAUCCCAAAGUUCUUUAGAUCCUACAUUUCAUUUCCAACCAUUCUAAUUAAUGCAAUAACAUUUCCUUUGCAAGACAUAUUCAUGUAAUACAUGUUAUUGCUUAUAUUCAUGUGUUACUCACAACUGAUGCUUUGCUCACGUUUAUCUUGAUACUUUAAAUAUAUUUUUUAUACACUUUAAAUUUUUAUAUGACUAUUUUUUAAAAACUUGAUAACAGUGGCUGCUUCAAAAAGACUGCUGCUAAACAAUGUUUAGUUGUACUGUGAAGUACAAUGACAAUAAAGAUUCUACUUAUUCAGCUGUCCUCACUAUGCUAUAUCAAAAAACAACAUACUGUAUUUACAACAAAUUUUCUUUGCUGUUUUCAUUUUACUUUAUAUGUUAACUUUGGACAGACACGGUAGAUAAAGUAGGCCUACCAACAAGAGAAGUUUCCAAGACUGAAAUGCAAAGAAGCUACAAGUGGUUUGUUGAAACCAUAGACUGUAUAUAGAAUGGAUGCCGUCUGCCUCCUCGCUGGGUGAAGCCACUCCAAGAACAGCACCCUCUGGUGACGGGCUGCAGUAUAGGUCAUAAAUCCCGCCUCCUCCAGUAAAGCUUAUGGGGCUGUGGACAAACUUUAGAAAUUUAUUACACAGAACAUAAUUAGUCUCCCCCCUGCUUGCGACGUUGACAUAUCGUUACUGUAAGACUGGUUUGUGCUCAAGUCCUCUUUUUUUCUGUACAGCUCCAUUUUUAAAAGUUAUUAGGGGGUUUGUGUUAUCGAUGAAUGACACCUGAUACAGCCUAUGGGCGUACGAAGAUUGCGUAGCUCACCUGGGGGGUAUGCUGUUUGAGCCGAAGGUCAUCACUGCGACUCACGGUGACUCUCCCGCCGAAUUGUUGGUUUCAGGAAAUGGAGAGAAAAACGCGGAAAUAUAGAGAGCUUUGCUGCUUCAAAUCCGUAUACUGGUGGAAGGCAGAACCAAGUUGUCGAUAGUAUAUACAGUCUAUGGUUGAAUACAGUGGCAGACCUAGGGGAUGCCCUUGACCCCACUGAAAUCUGAUCAGCCACCAAAGUGACCCUCCUGAAAUCCCACACCAUGUUUGGCUGCUUGCCUUGUCAGAAGCAUUUGAAUUGAAAACAACUUUUUUAGGGUUUUGUUCAACAAGCUGCUCGUAGCUUUUUGCAUUUCACUGUGGAACAGUUUCUUUUACGACUAUAAAUGGGAACUUUGGACAACAAACUUCUUUUGCGAUCUCAACGAGUGACAUUGAAAAGCUAAUAACGUUCUCUACUCUGUAGUUACCUCCUAAAGUUAGAAAUAAAUACCAGAAUAUAGUAUUUUUUAUAUGUCACUUUAGAAAUGUAGGUAGGAGUAAUUAGUGGAAAUAACCCUUCAAAGUUGGAGGCAAUCUUGGUUUGGCAACCCCCUAUAAAAGUCAGUGCCCCUUUCUGGCCACCUCAGUCAAAAGAGUUUGGCUCUAACCCUGGUUAAGACAUGAUCUAAUUUGCGAAUGCCAAUAUAAAUGUUGUUUCUGAUAAGGCAGGUCACCCCUGGCUGCACCCUUUCCAGUUGAGAUAUCCACAGAUAUGAAUUUGCACAGGUGGUUUUUGCUGUUGUUUUUGAAGUCACAACAUGACAUUUCAGACUUAUUGUUUAUAGAGGUUGGAAAUAAAAUAUCCCUGUCAUUAUAUAUUGCACGAUAAGUUAAAAACAGAGUUAAGCCUAUAUGGAAAAACUGCAAGUGUCAGCUAUAAUUGCUGACCCCGACAGUUAUCAAAUCUGAAGUGUGUGUGUGUGCGUGCAUGCAUGCAUGUUUGUGUUGCCAAUGUUGCUGUGCCUGUGUGCUAAUGUACUUCUGCACUUUGCACUUCAGUGAAAGCAACACUCUUAUGUGAUCUACUCGAAACUACAGCACUUUACCCUCCAACCAGCAAAUCUGUUUAUGAGUGGGUGAGACACAGAUAUUGAGCAUGUGGGCAGAUGGUUGUCAUCCAUCACGGUUAACAUGGUAAUGUAAUGGUAAAGGUAUUAGCUUACUAUGAUUGAAAGCAUACAAAGAAAUAUUCGACCACUGGUUGAACUUGAACUUUGAGGAGAGUUAAAGUACAUGAAACGAGAAACAUCAUUGUUUGUUUUAUUUUGUAUUUUUUGGAGAGUUAUGAGACAAUAUUUGGGUGAGGGUAUAUUAGUGCUCCUGUUUUUUAUUUUGUAAAAAAUUUUUAGAUGAAGUGUAAAUCAUUUUGAAUGCUUACACUCAGUGGUUUUGAGAAAGUAGUUUUCAACAUACUUGACAUCUUUUAAAAUGUUCCAUGAUGCCGUGUUAUUGAAAACAGGGGCAGUCUCCAGUUUUACAGCACUUGUCUCACCCAACGUUGUUUGCACCAUAUGUAAUGCCGCAGGGAGUGUGAGCUCCUUUGCUGUCAUCUGUAGUUUCCAGCACUAAGCAAUUCUGUGUGCACCUGUCUUGUUUGUCUCAGGAGAUUUAGCUGUUUUUCUUUUCACCUCUGUAAGUUAAAAAAAAUGUUUCUAAUGUAAUUUUUAUUCCUUUACUUUUUAAUGUUUUAAAAGAAGCCAGGAAGAACACGACUACACCGCCUAUUAAAAAAAAAACAACCUAAUUUUCUUGCUCCCUCCACAAAUCCUACCCUGUGUCUCACAACAAAGGAGACUCUGAUGGGGAAAUGGGACAACCUUUCAAAACUACAGAAAUUGUUCUCCUCAGUCUUCAGAGGUUUAAGGAGUGUUGUGAAAAGAAAAAUUCAUUAUAAUUUUUGACAAGCUUUUUACACUCCUAUUGCGAGUCUCACCAAAAAAUGCUCUGACUGUGGAGUGAAAAAACUCAGGUGUCUGUGGCAGCUGCAGGACAAUGUCACGUUCGCCCCCCAAAAUUGAUUUGGCUAAAGUGAAAUAAUUGGACAAGCUUCCUAUCGACCUGUUUACCUGCAUUGCACAUUCUGUGUACAAGAUCCCAUCAAGUGUUUGAAAGAUGACAUAUAAUGUAAUGUGUGGUUUUUCUUUUUAAAGCUCGACAACAGCAUGAGUGUUGAACUAAAAGUGAUUAAAUCAAAGGCUACCAAAGAAGCAGCUCGGGACAGGGUAGACUCAACCAAUAGUUUUGAGUCUGUACUGAACUGUAUCAGCAUUGUCAUAAAUAAUAUGCAAGCUUAUAUAAUGCUUCUAUGUUGUUUUUUUUAGCUGUAUUUUGUGCUAAUCAGCUUAGUGUAAAGUGCAAACUACCUGUUAUUGAAAGCUUUUCAGAUGUUUAUAGUUUAAAGAAAUAUAGUUUUGAUGAUUUUCUUAGAAACAUGUUGAUUAAUGUGUCUCUACGGCUGCUGUUUGUGCUCCUGAUCAUCGCUCAUAGCUUUGAUAAGAGUUGCACUGUGAGUCUCUGCAGAGUGAUGUAAGUGGUAUGUUUAAAAGAUUACACUGUUGCCCGAGGGCAGUGCAGGGUAAUGUCUCAGUUAAGUUUUUCUGUUUCCCCAUUUUACUCUUAACUGUCUGUUAUUUUUCUAUCUUUUCUAUUCCAUCUCCUAUUUUUUUUCAUUUAGAUUGAUCUAGAGUCUCUAGACCCACGUGGCCGGACUCCCCUCCAUCUGGCUGUAACACUGGGCCACUUAGACUGUGCCAGGGUCCUACUGCAGCGUGGAGCUGAUAGUAGCAAGGACAAUCGCAAUGGAUGGACAGGUGAGACGCUCCUGCUCACUCGUAUCGUUCCAAUUAUAUUCAGGUAUAAUGCAGAUAAAUACUUGUAGUUAUUACAAAUGGGGCCCAGUCAACCGAAAGUAAAAAGCAUUGGUGCUACUGUAGAUGCCAACAGAUUACCAGCAAACACAAUUUUUGCAGGACUUCUAAAGCUAGGAUAAAGUGACAUAGUCCAGGACCAGAGGUAAACAGUUUAGCGGCGCUACAACACGCAGCAGGUCCUGUUUGACAAGAAACUCUUCUGUUACAGAAGCUUGGUUUACUUUGUUAAAGCGGUUUGCCUGUCCAGCAGAAAGGUUACAGGGUCCGUAAGAUCCAAAGCUUCCCUGAAGCGUUUAUGCUUCAUUGAUGUUGACUUGGUUUUUUAGCUCUUGUCCGGUCUACCUCCUUUUUAAGCACCUGUUAUUCCGCCAGAGUCUUUGGUAUUUACUUUGUUUUCGUGCUUGUGUUGGCAAUCGUGGCCAAAGUAGGAUUCAGACAAUUUUCCGUACUUUCUGGUUGGUUUCUACUGUCUGAUAUUGUAGCACGCUAACUUUGUUUGGGCUUGUAAACGUUAUUCGAGGACAUGGAGCGUGCCUCACAACACGAGGGAGCAGCAUCUGCCUUACAACCAAUCAGGUUGGGGGAGGCAGAUAACGGCUUUGUUUAUAGUCAGAAUGACCAGACCGCUCGAAAUUUUUAAAAUGUUGACUACACAGACACAAGAGAACACAGCGAUAUUCCCAAAUGCCAUCAAUAACUAAUAGCUAUUGACUGAUAUUAAAAGCUUUUUUAUAUAUACACCACAAAAAAAGAUGCUUCUUUAACGGGAUCCUGCCUACCCCACCUUUAAAUACAGCCAAGUCAAUGAAUUCACAAGCAAAGUGGCUAAGCGGAAGCCUUCGGCAAUUGGUUGUACAAGCUUUUUCUUUGGCCUACUUAAGUUUUAGCCGUUCUCACUAGCCCCCUUAAAGUGCUGGUGACUAAAUUUUAAAUGAGGCCUGAGUGAUUGGCUCUGUUUUAUACAUUCUCACUCCUUCUCUCACUUCUUUCUCCUGAUUGCAGUUCUUCAGGAGGCAGUAAGUACCAGAGAUCCAGAGCUGGUGCGUCUUGUGCUUCGUUAUCGUGACUACCAGAGGACAGCCAAGAGGCUGGCAAAUAUCCCUGUCCUGCUAGAGAAACUGCGCCAAGUAGGAUUCAACUCAAACAUAAACACAUGCAUAUACUUGUUUAUUAAUGAAGAGGGGCAGUUAGCAGGAUGGCAGUGCUUUGAAUUGUAGUUUCAGUUUUUGUUUUGUAUGUAAAUCUUUGACUCAAUAUUUAUGACUUGUAAAUUAGAAAAACAGUGGCAGAGAUUUACCACAUAGCUGCUGUCAAAUAGUCCAUCUAUCUAUGUCUCUGCCCACACCAGCUACCUGAUGUGGACACAACCAAACACAUGUCCACACAUUUAUUAGCAUAAAGAAUUCUUAAAGGUAAACUUUCAUGUAUUCUGUAUUUGUCACAUGUAAAGUGCAUUUAAAAACCUUUUUGUUCUCAAUUUAAUGAUUAUGACUGAUAGCUCAUGAAAAUCAAAAUCCAACAUCUCUAUACCAUAUAAAUACUUACUGUACUGUAAAUAAAUACUGCUUGAUACAGUAUGUUAUAGAGGCAUUUUGUCUGUGGCAUGCUAAGGUGUUGUUGAAUCCUAGGUUGCAUUAAUAAUGGCUUUCAGAUAUGUAUUUUGAGGUCAGGUUUUGCCCCUGUUACUCUUAACAAUACUGCAUACAUCCACUGUUGGUUCUCUCUCGGUGCUGGUUGGCUGGCGGUCAGUCACACAGUAAUAUUGUGGUUAGUAGUUGUUUUAGCACUGUGGCCCGGUGCUUAGACCUGCUAUGAGAAGAAAUAGGUCUAUAUCAGCAAGCCUUUCAGCAGAUGGAAGCAUAAAGAGCUCCAAGAUCUCCAGGUAGUCAGCUGAUUGCUUUUGAUUGAAACAUGGUGGUGCAACACCAGUAGAUGACAGGGUACCCUAAAUCAUCAAAGACCGCCUCUCUCUGCACUUUGGAUCCUGUGCCUCUCUACUUUUCCUCCAGACUUUUAAACUUACAUUUUUGAAAAAAAGUCAAAAUCAUAGUGUUGUUAUUAGAAAUUCAAGAUAGACUCUCAUUUGAAAGGAGACUCAAGGCAGAGGAGCAAUAGACCUUUUUUUAAGAUGCUUCUGAAAUGGUCUUUUGGUCAGCUGUGUCCUGAUAUUGGGAAUGAAGCAGUCUUUACCCUUUUCCUGUUACUGAACCAACACUAGCCUCAGUCUAGUCCCUUUGAAGCUCUCCUAAGAUCUUGAAUGUACUUUUACGCCAAUCUUGUGAAGGUUGGUGUCAUCCCUGUUGCUUGUGUGCCUUUUUCAUACCUCACUUUUCCCAUCUGGCUAACUUUCCAUUAGUAUGCCUAAAUACAGCGCUCAGAAUAACUGCUCCUUUCAGCAAUGGCUUUAACUUUCUUGUGGAGGUUGUCAGUGAUGGUCUUUUUGACAACUGUCGUGUCUUGCCAUGUCAGAAAACUCCCUGAUGACUGUGGUCACAUGAACCGAACUCGUCUAUAAGAAAUAUAUAUCUGUACUGUUCAAUGAUUUACUGUUUUUCAUUCUGUUCUAAUGAUUCAGCUGCAUCUGUGUCUCCUCAACUCUUUUUUCUGUGUCAUUUGUGUUGAUCUUCCCCCAUCUCAUCCUUCUAUCCCUGCCUUUUUCUGACCAGGCUCAGGACUUUUAUGUGGAGAUGAAAUGGGAAUUUACCAGCUGGGGUGAGUCCAGGCUCUAUCAGUCCAGUCAGUUAAGCAGUAUAAGCAGCCAGAACUAAUCAUGUUUUCAUCUCCAGCUGGGGCUGAAGAGUUUUUCAUCUUUUAUCUGUACUGCACACCCAAACUCACACUGUCUGGCUUUGGAUUUAUAGUUAAUACAAUUUAUGCUCUACAAAACCACAGAUUAUAAACAGGAUUAGUAUGGAUGCUGGAUUUGUGUCUAAUUGUUUCCAUUUUUAUGUGUAUACAUAUAUCCUGCAUCUCAGUUCUCUGAAGUGACAGUCCUCCUGUCUUCAGCCAAACCUAAAGUAGUUUUGAGUCCCUCACAUGAAGGGACUGGAAAAGUGAAAGAGAAAUGAGGGGAGAAGAGGGAAAUCUGAUAAGUGAUGCCUGGGGAAAGAUAUAAAGCUGCCUUCAAAAAGUCUUUACUAACUGACAAGCUGCUGUAUCAGAUAUCACUCAAUGAUAUUGAACAGACUUCAGGGAAAGUUCACAACUUCCUUAAAACAGAUACCUAAGGGUAUCUCAAAGCAGUAAAUAAAAAGAGUUGAUAGUCAGUGAUGAGCUGGAGUUAAAACAGUUUUACCUGAGUAUAAAAAAUGAAGAUUGGUGAGUUUUAACAUCUGAAAAGUUUUCUGAUUCACUGUUUAAUCAAAAUACCCACUGAGCAUUUUUUGGCCUAGACAUAGCCUAGACGACUGGUCUAAAAUCAGGCUACCACAGGUAUAAAAAUGAAAGUAUUUAAGACGUCUAAAUUUAGACCAAGUUUAGAACAACUCUAAAUCUGGGCUAUAUCUAUACUUUACUAUUUAUUGCUCAACGGCUAUCAGAAUUAUUUUUGUUAAGUACUUGGAGAUCAGUUAUGCAACUCACAUUUGCUUUUUGAAAUAAAUAGUUAUUGAAUGAUAGGUUAAAAUGCAACGUCUGAAUCUGUCUAAAAAUACACAGAAUCUAGACGGUUGAAAUUAGGUCUAAAAAAAACUAGCUGUCUAAUAGCCGUCUAUUGCUCAGUGGGUACCAAUGAUUCAGUCCAAUGUCAUCGUUUAACAUAGUUAUUUUCUCUUUAUAGGCAGAUAUUUCUCUGGUUGAAUUUUAUCAUGGAGUAUUAAAGUCUGACAGUGGGAGUCUAAUUGCAAUUAACACUUGCUACAUUUACUGUUAUGACGAUCAAGUUUCAUACAAGGCCAAUCAUUAAUGACCGCUGAGUUUGAAACGAGGUACUUGAUUUCUUCAUUUCCUGAAACUUUCAACCUGAUGAAUAAUUUCCAAUGUUCCAGAGACAUCACAGUAGUUUGUGAAUCCAUGAAAUACAGGGUUCACAAUCAGCUUGUCCAUAAAUGACAACGCUAAUGUUAAUCUUUUUCUGUAUCUCUGGUGGGAGAGACCAAGACGCAAGGAAAAGAAUUUAACUUCAGAGAACUGAGACGCACUCCUUGUUGUUACAAUCUGGAUUUUUUAAAAUACUACACAAAAAAACUGACAACAUGAACUAAAUAUAUUUUCUAAAAAUCUAUUAGAAAUGGCACUGUUUGAUUUAUUGUGAUUCUGUUGUCCUUAGUGCCUCUGGUGUCUCGAAUCUGCCCAAGUGACACCUAUAGAGUUUGGAAGAGUGGCCAAUGUCUCCGCAUUGACACCACUUUGAUGGGAUUUGAGCAUAUGACCUGGCAGAGGGGAAACAGAAGCUUUAUCUUCAGGGGACAAGGUCAGAAUCUUAACUUUACUUAUAUUGUGAACUUUUGUGUUUGUGUAUGUUUGUGUGACGGUAUACAGUAUUGUGCUGUAUUUGGAAAUAUGUAACCCACUGGUACAGACCCAGAUGUUGCACACAGGCAUUGAUGGUAAUAAGCUUCAAUUUUGACUACAGCAAUCAACAGGAAAACAUGGGUAAGAAUAAACUCAGUCCUGUCAAUGUUCAGACCAUAUAUACAGUCUAUGGUUCGGACCGGAAACACACACACACACGCGCACACACGCGCACACACACACAGAUGUCAUCAAGUUCAUCUCAGUAUCACAGCUCUGUGAGGGAGCUGGCAGGAGAAGCAACAGGUCCAAAUUUAGAUAAGUGUGAAUAACUGACAGUCAAGUAAGCGGUAGAUGAAAGGGAAAUCAAACUCAGGCAGCGGUCCUGGAAGCACGUAGGUUAAUGUCCAGAAAAUACACACACAGUGAUCAGUGUGGUAAGACUGUGAAAGCCUCAGAACACAGGUGAAUGCCAAACAGCCAGGUGAUGAUGAGGCAGAGGGGAACCAGGAAUGUUGAGACACAACUUGCGCUUUGGUUCAAAAAGUGAUUACUGGGUGACAAGGCUGGCAGGUCAGAGAGAAAUGAGGUUGGUGAUGGGGAAAUGGUCCAUAUGAGAAUGCGUGGAUGCCUAACAUGGGAAAACAAUCCAGCUGUAAGUUAGAGGAAAAGGCUUUAAUGCUAGCAUGACUGGCAGACAGAAUGGCACACAGUUUUGUUCACAGGUAAGUCAAGUGGGCUUAAUGAGGUGGGAGUUGUUGGCUGAUGGAGCAGCAGAGGUGAGCUGAGAGGAAAAUGGAAACUAGGAGGAGGCAGGUUAGCGAUGCAGCUGAACUGUGAUAAUAUUCUCAUUAACAUACACAUUAACAUGAAAUUCCACUACAAAAAAUUAGAUACUGAAUGGACUGAGAGAGAUAUACAUUUUCAAAGUAACAGAAAACAGUGUAGUACACUCAUUUAGUCCUUUAUCAGUUGAGAUGAAAUCAUUGAAGAUUGUCACAGUAGCCAUAAUGUUUGUGUCCUGCACCAUAAUUCACACGCUUAAAGGGAUAUUCUGGCGUAAAAUUAAUUUAGGGUUAAAUACCCUGUAACACUGAGUUAGACACCCCCUUGAGAGAUGAAUGUUGCCGACCGCUUGCUUCUUUAGUUACACCAACUUUAGUAGCAACCGCAGGAUAGCAAUACACAGUGGUCUGAGGAGCCAUCAACAAACCUCAACCAAAACGCCACUCUAUAGCCACAAAUAAUGCAAACUCGGUGUUACGGUGUGUUUGACCCUAAAUUAAUUUUACGCCAUUAUAUCCCUCUAAGUGAUUCCUUUCUCAUCUUUCCUUUAUAUUUUGGUGCCAACAAUUGCUGAUCAGAUUCCAGCGCAAAAGUGAUGGAGGUUGACCAUGACAAGCAGCUGGUAUACUGUGAGACUUUGUCUCCAGCUGCCUUAUCACCUGGUCGAAUGAAUGGCAGUUCAUGCAGCAACAGCAUAGCUGGUCUGGGCCUUCUGGGGACUGCACAGCCCAGUGAUGAGCACGUAGCAGGAAGACUGUCGGCCCCUGUGGUGACCACUCAGCUGGACACCCGCAACAUUGCCUUUGAAAGGUCAGAUACAUACCAAUACACUAAACAUGAAUAUACAGGAUAAUUUUAUAAUCCUAAAUAAGUACAACCUGGAAAGCACAUCUAAGUAGCCUGAAGUGUUGUCUUUUAUUGUUUUUGUAAGUGUUAAAUUUCUGUCACUUUUGAAUGUUGUUGAUAAAGCCAUAGCUUGUGAUUGUAACCAGGAAGUUGAUUUACUCUCAGGCAAAAGGGGUAAUCUACAUCAACUGGCAAUGCAACUUUAGGAUGACUCAACAUUGAGACCACAGAAAACUUAUUUGGGAUAUGUUUAAUCUCUGUUGCAGAAAUAAGACAGGUAUACUGGGCUGGAAAAGUGAGAAGACUGAGACGGUUAAUGGAUAUGAAGCCAAGGUAGAACACACACACACACACACUGCCUCCACAGAUCUCUUACACAGAGCGGAGAAAUCACUACAUUCAGAACACAAUGUGGUGUUUCCUUACAACUUUACAUAUCCAGUUUUAUUUAAGAAUGGACCACUCCAAAAGCUGAUUUCAAUUUUUUUCUUCAGAUUUUUACAUUUCGAAGCAGCUUUGAGAAACUGGUAUUUUCUGUUUAUGUUGGUGUCUUCUAAGGGUAAGAGUGAGGCACAGGGGGUUGAUCUGGUUUUAAUAGCAAGUAAGAGGAAAACAAAAUUGUAUUUUUAUGUUGUUUUUAUUCGGUAAGCUGUUUUCAGGAUGCAUAGCAAUGAGUUGCUGCAUUUGUGGUAAUAUGAAGGUAGAUAACUACAGUGUGGUUUGGGUGAGACUUACAUUGUUUGUUUACUAUAAACUGGAAAUAUGUAUGCAAUGUAGAUAAUUUUGGUAGCUUGAUAUUUGUUAAAGAGGGGGUAUGGUGGAUUUUUUCAGACUCUAUAUUUCCUUUCUGAUACAUCUUUAAUAACUUUACAUGAUUUUCAGUUUAAGAAAAGCCUCCAUUUUUUAUAGUGGUGUAUUAGAAUAUCAUUAUUUCAAACACUGCGUUUAAGCUGCAGUCUCCACGCCCCACAGCGUUGAAGGUUUUGAUGUAAUGUGUUCUUGAAGCCCAUUAGAUUCAGUAAAAAAGACAGUAAUUGGUGUGUAGUUGAACCAUCAGGAGUAUAUUUUAGUGCUUACAUGAGGAGAGAUUAAGUGUUCUGUUCAGAGUAGAUAGCCCUCAUGCUGCUGGCUAAAAAAAAAGAAGUCAUAUAAAGCAUUGUUUCUAAGUAGAAAGACUCAAAAGGCAGGCCAUCUAUUAUUUACUGGUCCACAACACUCUAUAUGACUACUGGUUGGGGAUGAAGUCUAAAAAUGAGCAGAAAUAAUGGAAUAUAAAUUGGUCAUUUGCCCAAACACAACAUGUAUGUGAACAAUGUGGAAGUAAAGCCAGGCCUAACACAACAGUCAAUUGUGUCAUUCAGGUGUACGCAGCAUCUAAUGUAGAGCUGAUCACCAGGACCAGAACUGACCAUCUCUCAGACCAGAACAAAACCAAGACAAAGGGUAGGUUCCUCUGACAGAUUUAAUAAACUACAUGUCUGAAAUUAUACUGACUGAUGAGUAAUACCCUUUACCUUAACUUGGUAUGAUAUACUGUGUAUUGCAAGGGUGAAAGAAAAAAAUUGAUUCACACAAGUAUGGCGAUUUUUUGUUUUACAAUUUUUAAAUCGAUUUCUAUGUUCAAAAAUCUUUUUUUUUUCUUUUUCAAAUUUAAGAAUCUUAAAAACUGACUUACAUGUGAUGUGUAUUUGUUUUGGGAAAUAUGGUUCUUGGAAUAGUCAGUAGACAAUCAUAAUCAUUCAACUGUUUCACUGCUGUUAAAAAGAUCGACGAUAUAGUAGAAUCGCAGUUUAAAUUAAAUUGGAUCCAAUUAGUUGUAGAAGAAUUGAAUCCGAUGUUAAGCAUAUCGUCCCAGUCCUAGUACAUUGUAUUCAUUUGAAGUGAUUUAUGUCAUUGAAGUGUUGAGAUCCUGUAGUUAAUCACCAUUACAUUUGAGUCAUUAACUACAGUCUUUUUACCUUUCCUUGUCACUCCUGUGUACCCAUGAGAAGGGGGGAAGACUCCACUGCAGAACUUCCUGGGGAUUGCCGAGCAACACAUGGGGCCUACCAAUGGGGUGAGUGGAGAGGUACUAUCAGAAGAAUUGUACAUAUUGAUUAUGCAGAAAAUAAAGAAUAUUUAGUUUCUUUGGUCUUUGGGUCAGUAAAAUCUCCUGGAACCUGUCUUUUUUUCAUACGAGCAUCUUAACCCCCCCUUUUUGAAACACAGUUCAUUUGCAUCAAGAAAACAUGUCCUCAGAGUGACGCACCAGCGCCGAGGCUGCUCAAACCUGAUGGUUUAUUCAUUGUUUUCUGAAUCCUGUCAUGCUUUCUCCUCUUUCUGACUUCAGUCAAAUCACUUUUUAAUCUUACAGUUGCAUCAGUGUUCUUUUUUAUUAGUUUGUUUUGCCAAACUCUAAAUUGGUUGGGAUGAACUGACUACUCAAGCACUAUUAUUUAAAAUAUCUGUUGUUUGUUCAGACUCUGGCAGCCUUACUUUGUGGAAUUAUAGUGGUCUACCACAGAAAAGUAUACCCAAGACUUGGCCAUUAGGAUUGAGCUACUGAUAGAAGUGUCACGAUUCAGGGUGAAACAAAAAGGGGAAGGACCCCAGUGCAGAACCAAAAAUGAUUUAUUUAAAAAUAAUGAAAUAAAAAGCAACAAAAACUUACUUUAAAUGUCCAACAGAAAAAUUCCCAAAGGCAAAAAAAAGAGACAGAGGCAAAAUCCAAAUGAACCAAAAAUCCCAAAUUCAACAAAAGACACUGGGAGGAAAAAAAAUCACAAGGAGACACUGGUAUACAGACACAUAGACAUACAACACAAUGAACCAAAAAGGAAACAGGGGAAGACAGGAACUAUAUAUACACACACAGGGAAACGAGCAACGAGAGGCAGGUGAGGCUAACGAGACACAGGUGCAGACAAUUACAGAGGGGGGAAAACUGAGGAAGUAACACAAGAUUAGAAACGCAGGGAAUAAACUACUACAGAAUAAAACAGGAAACACUGAAAACUGAUGUAAGGAAUAAAACACUAAAAACAGGAGGGAACUGGGGUCAGACACAAACUGAAAAGGCCGGACGACAGGGGAGCAGGAACAAUAGGGAACAGAAACACUAGGGUAAAAUCACAAAACCAGAAAAACUAAAAACCAGAACAUAUCAUGACAAGAAGCAGUGAACUAACAGACCAGAUCUAAUGUUGUGAUAUAAAAAGAACAAGUGAAGUAUUUUUAAAGGAAAACAACUUUAGAGAUGUUGGAAAUGUCAGCAGGUGAGGUGAAAGUCUGUAGAGUUCCACAAUAAACUAUGGCAAAGAAAAGUGAGCUGAACAAUUUAAGAAAGUCGGCACAUUUGCAUUAGUAAGAUACUCCUCUGGUUAUGCUAUUUACUGUCUGCAGGCUCUAGUGACCCAGCUCUCCUGUCCUGCGGUGACCAAUCCUGCAGCACUCACAGCAGAAGAAUAUUUCAACCCCAGCAUUUCACAAACUCAGAGGGAUAUCGGCCUCCCCUGCCAGCUCACCACCAAGACCCAAAGGUGACGAGGAACCAACAGUUUAAAAAAACAAAAAGCUAUAGUGUAACAAUAGGCCUUGUAGAAAUCAGUUUCCUUUUUUAAUUGGAGUAAAGUCAAUACAGCGAUUAGCUCUUCAAUGAAAGACAUUAACUAGUUAUGUUUACUUUAGUGCUGCCAAGGUCAGCAUGAGUUUUGUUUGUAUGUGAUAUUUGUUUUCCUAUUUCCAGGUUUAAAGCCAAGCUGUGGUUGUGUGAGUCCCAUCCUCUGUCCUUGGCAGAACAAGUGGUGCCUAUCAUUGAUCUUAUGGCCAUCUCAAACACCCUGUUCGCUAAGCUUCGGGACUUCAUCACUCUGCGCUUGCCACCUGGCUUCCCUGUCAAGAUCGGUGAGAGCUGGGAUAGUGAGAUGGAAAGAGGGAGGAAGGGAGGGGUUGGUGGAUGGUUAAAUGAAGGAGAUGGAAAGUUUGAAAUAGAAUAAAAAGAUACAGCAAUGAGAUGAAAAAAAAGAAAAAAUUAGAUGAAUGAAAGGAAGUCAAAAUGAAGAAUUCCUAUGAAAGGCACUCUGUUAACUGGGUUAUUUUUCUGUUUUUUACUCAAUGCAGAGAUCCCUCUUUACCACAUCCUGAACGCUAGGAUUACGUUCAGUAACCUCAAUGGCUGCGAGGAGGGAAACGGCUCCUUUGCUGACAAUGAAGCUGGUUUAGAGACUGAUGGACCGAGAGAGACUCUGAGGACAGACACCCCAUCUCCUGGAAGUGACUGCUCAAGUUUGUCCAGCUCCAGCUCCACCAGUAAGAUAUCUAUUAUGUCACAUCUCACUUUAAGAGCUCGAAAAUAGCUGAGCGCUAAAACUCACAUGAUAGAGUUUACACAAUAUUUCUGUUCAGAAAGACCUCUUCUUAUACUAAAAAUAAUGUAGAUGCAGAGUUUUAAUGAAGAUUUAUCAUCGUUUCACUUGUAAAUUGCGGCUCUGCUUCCCCCCAUCAUGCUCUUUUUCAUUUCCUUCAGCGUCUAAUAAUGUUUUCCACUGUCUCUUGCCCUUUGCCUUUCUCCCACAUGGUGUAGUGUCAUGUCGAGCUGGAGAGGUUCCCUCGUGUGUGUUUGAGCCUCCACCUGGAUACACCAUGCUAGGUGGCAAGCAGAGAGACAGCAUGAGGGAUGAGGAGGAGGACUUACUACAGUUCGCAAUACAGCAGAGUCUGCUGGAGGCUGGCUCUGAAUAUGAUCAGGUGAGCUGAGUGUGAUGCUCUUGAGGGAUAAGAAUCCAGCUAGACACAAACAAUAUAAACACGUCUUUUUAUAAUCUUUAAUCUAUCUAAAUCCCGGUGAAAUGAUGAGUUUGGCAGAGAAUGUCCAAUGACCAUGCAAAAUUUCAAUGUUAAUUCAUCAUUAUUAUGUACUUUGAUAACAAACAACUGAUCUGCUCAGUGACUCAAAGACAAGCUAGUUAUCACCAUGACAGUGAAUAAUGUAAUUGUAAUGCAUUAAUGUCCUCAUGCAUCCUCAUACUCAUAGAGGUUUGGGUAUGCCCAGUGUUUUUGGGCAGUGUUUGGGAGACAUUCUGAAUGUAAACACUACCCCUCCCAACCAGUUUUCACCUCAGCUUCUCCGUCCCCCUCCCUCUCUGCUCCAGCAAGCCCCGCCCACAAACAGACACUCCUGCGCUCUGGUAUUGUUCCAAUUAAAUUCAGAUAUAGUGCAGGUAAAUACUUCGGAUAGUUACAAAUGGAGCCCAGUCAACAUGAAAGUAAAAAGCAUUGGUGCUACUGUAGAUGCCAACAGACUACCAGCAAACACAAUGUUUGCAGGUCCCGUUUGACAAAUAACACUUCUGUUACACUUGGCUUACUUUGUUAAAGCGGUUUACCUGUCCAGCAGAAAGGUUACAAGGUCCGUAAGAUCCUGAAGAGUCCCCCAUAGUUUUUUGUUGACCCUGCUUUUUAGCUCUUGUCCGGGUGGUCUACCUCCAUUCAUACCUCCAGCAUCAAUUAUUCCGCCAGAGUCUCCGGUACUUAAUUCAUUUUCUUGCUUGUGUUGGUAGUCGUGGCUAAAGGAGGAUUUCCUGUACUUUCUGGUUGGUUUCUACUGUCAGAUAUUGUAGCACGCUAACUUUGUUUUUGCUCGUGCUCAUUAUUCGAGGACAUGGAGCGUGCCUCACAACAUGAGGAAGCAGCAUCUGCCUCACAGCCAAUCAGGCCGGGGAAGUGGAGAAUAACUUUGUUUACAGUCAGAAUGAGCGGCCCGCUCAAAAACAUAUAAAAUGUUGACUACACAGACAUAAGAGAACACGGUGAUAUCGUUAUAUUACCAAAUGUCAUCAAUAACUAAUAGCUAUUGACUGAUAUUAAAAUUUUUGUUGUAUAUACGCCACAAAAAAAGAUGCUUCUUUAAUGGAUUCCUGCCCACCCCACCUUUAAGUUGGGUAAUCCAAUUAUCACUGUGUUAUUUUCUUGGGUCUGAAAUAUGCAAAAAACAAAAAUGGUAAAGAUACUGAUAAAGAGGAUGGUAAUACAAAAUAGGAGUUGUGUUUUAUUUGUUAUAUCAUAAAAAACAACUACCUGUUGCAUGAUGCAAGGGUACAUGGAAGUAAAGUGUGUGUUUCUGUGCAAUUGUUCCUGUCAGAUGGAAGCAUCUGUUAACUUUCUCUUCUUUUGUGCCUUCGUCUGUCUGCUAACUUUCUGAUUUUCUUCGCACCUCUGUGUACAGGUGACCAUCUGGGAGGCACUGACCAAUAGCAAACCAGGAACACACCCGCUGUCCUCUGACCCAAGUCGUCUAGAGAGGUCAGUUUUUCACUGUUACUGUUUAACUUUCUCCCUGCCACAGUCUCUGCUCCCUCUCUGUUCUGUACAUUGGUUCACUCAUCGUCACCUGACAUUUCUAAAUGCUUAGAGAUAUGACAUGGUUAAGAAAAGGCAGGGUCUUCAGUAGGUUCUCUUUAAUUGCAGUGCUUGAAGCAGAGGAGGGAUGGUGAAAGACUGCAUUUUAGAACUGAGAUGAGGAUAAGAGGCAAAGCAGACAGCAGGCAAAUUUACAAGCAUGCAGGCAAAAAAAAGCUCAAUCCUUAGCACUGUGAGUUAUAAAUUUAAGAGCAAAUUUCUAAUUCGGUAAAGCCUGAAACACAGCUGUCCCUUUCUGCAGAACAGCUGUCUUAGUUUGUUGUUAUUUUUAAUACCCAACACCUUAUAAAUCCUUUUUCUUCAUCCCUUUUGGUUCUCAUCUUAUGUCUGCUCUACCAUAGUCAGUGUGUUUGGAGUGAAGAAGAAAGCAAAAAAGGAUUGAAUAUGACAUUUUUCACAAUUUUUACCUCUCUUUUGUCCCCUCUUUUUGAAAGAGAUAUAAGCAGUGCAAAGAUGGAUCCCAAAUUAAACUAAGGUGGUUUUAAUCAUCUCUGACUCGAGUCUUUUAAGUGUUUGCGGUGGGGCACUGAUGUAGCUUGGUUUGUGGAGUGGUGACCCCUGUGGGUGGAGGCUGUAGUCCUCAAUGCAUCAGCUGCUGGUUCAGCUCUCAGCUGUGGCCUUUUUGGUGUGUUUCCCCCACGCUGCCCUUCUUCUUCUUGCUUUUGUGUCUAGCUGUCUAACAAGUCAUCAGUAAUGAAGCUACAAAUGUGAAUGUGGUCAUUUUGAAGAUCAGAAAGCAAAGAAGUUACACAACUUAGAAAUCCACAGCGAGGUUUCUUCUUCAAACAACAUGUAGAGCAGUUUGCCUCCAUUAUAGAUUUUUAAAGCAUCAAUUAUAUAAUACUAUAUAUAUAUAUUUUUUUUUUUUUUGACUUGAUUUGAUAAUUUUAUUAAGUGUCAUACACCAACAUUGGUGCCCAGCCCACAUGGGCUUAUUAGACACUGAUCAACAGAUUCAAAACACAAUGUAUCCAAGACAGCCACGCAACAUAAUAUACAACAACAAUAACAACAAAAAUCCAUUAAGAAUUGUAACACAAACAAUGAGGAUAAUGAAAGAAAAACAAAAAAGUUCAUCCUACAGGGUACAAAAUACUUUGCCGCAUAUGCCAAGCCUUUUCAACAAAUUUUGCCAAAACAAAAACAUCCUCUUCGAACAACCAACCCAAAAUCUCACCUUCACUCUUCCAAAAAAAAUCAGGAUUUUUAAACUGAAUUGAUUCAAAAAUGACAUUCCUUAAGUCAACGUACAAGGGACAAUUGAAAACAAAAUGAAAUUCAUCCUCAACCACCUGUAAAUCACAGAAUUCACACAAACGUGCUAUAUAGGAACAAACAGAGUGAUUGACAUCAGAUCACUGUUAGCCCAGAGGAUGACGUAUUCUCAGUCUUAUAACAAGAAUUUACACGUUUUCCUCUUAUUUAUAUCCUUAAACUGUUCCUCAGGACACCUCAGCACAAGCCCUGUCCUCCACCCAGCCUCUCCUCCACCCCCUCCAAGAAACAACCCUCCAGCUGCUAUGACGAGCAGCUACGCAUCGCCAUGGAGAUCUCAGCUCGGGAACAGGAGGAAGCAAAGCUCCGGCAGCAGCGGGAGGAGGAGGAGCUACAGCGUAUCAUCAAGCUGUCACUCAUGGAGAAAUAAUAAUUGAGUUGCCAUGCCAAUCAAGGUUCUGAAGGGAGAGGUCUGGACCAAAGAUGUAUAGGAGAAAAAGUGAAAACGAGGCUGCCUUAAAAGUUUAAGGCACACUCUGCAAGCGGCUGGAUAUAAAUGCCUAAAUCAACUUUGAACAAUUUUGUAAAAUCAGAUUUCUCCUUCCUAUCAACUUGGCCAGACCUUCCCCAUUAAAGCCAUACUGUGAUGGAGCUGUCCCGCCUCAGACAGCCAGAGAGGGACACCAGUUUCCUCUUUCUCGUGCCACACGGUUCUUUGUUGACCAGUGCCAGUUUACACCCAACAAUACAUUCAGUACAAGUUACAUAAAAUGCCGACUUGGAUGGUUGAUUUCUGCCUGUUUGCAGAAUGUGUGUUUCUGUGUAUUUGUGUGUUUUCUUCAAAACCAGCUCUCCACCAAGGAGUUAACAGAUUACCCUCUGUCCUAAAAAAAAAAAAUGAGUUGGGCCAACUCUCCUGCACAAAUGCUCAUUGGCUCCUUCUGCUGCUGUUGGAUUAAAAAUCAGGCAUUUUUUUUUUAAAGCAGUGACAAUGCAGAAGCAAUUGUGUAGAGACUAAUGUAACCUUUUCUGUCAUGUUGAAUUGAAGGUCAAAAAACCAUCAGUUUUUUUAGUUUUUAAUGAGACAAAAGCAUGUAAAUUGAUUUGCACAAAAUCCAAAUGUACUGUACUUAGCUUGUGGGUGAUCACAUUUGACUGUUAAUGGAAGUGGACAAGGAGUUUGAGCACAAAGUAGAUAUAACCAUAAUCAUACAGACACAUGAUAAUGCUUGUGAGUAAAAUGUGGAGUAGAAGUGUAACUGAAAGACAUUUUCUGUAUAUUUGCUUCUCACCUAAUGAUUUCUGUAUUCACAAGACAAUACUUCUGCAUGGUUUGCACUGUUUUGGUUUCAUUUCUAUCCACUUGAGUCUAACCCUGAGACCUGCAAUACAAAAGCAUGUUUCAGAGGGAAAAUGGAACCUCUGAAAUUGUUAUUCAGCAAUUUAGGUUCAAUUGCACAUUAGAGUUGAUUCCCUAACUACGCUACGAGCAUACCACAAAAAAAAGACAUUUCAGAUCUUAGAUUCAAAAGAUUGUCCAAACUGGCUUAAUUCGGUAUCUUAAUGCUUCUAGGCUCAAGGUUGCAAAACACAGAGAAACAGGUUUUGUUGUAAGAAAUGAGGACUGAGGGGCAGCUUAUUUUCUUUCUCAUGUUUGAAACAAAUGUACAAAUUUGACACUCCAACAUCAGCACAAACUUGAAGGGGACCUUCUGUCUCCUCUUCCAAUCAUUAAACUUGCCUGAUGAGAAAUACAUUCUUAUUUUUUACUUUUUACAGAUGUUGAAAUGCAGCAGAGAUGUUUUAAUUGUGUAUGCUGGUAAGUGGGUUUGAAUUCAAAUAAAAAAAAAAAAAAACAUCUCUAAGAGAAGCAAUGUGCAAGUGAGUUAUUCAUUUAAUUUUGAUUCACAGCUUUCACAUGUUUUUAACCCCUCAUCCCAACAUAGUUAUAGCUUUCUGCGAGUAAGUUCGCUCUUUGACAGUCCUGAGUAAAGAACGAUGACAAAAACAAUGUGAACAAGUCAGUCGGAAAGAGAGCUGACCUGUUUUUGGCAGCUUGUACUCCAUCAUCCUUUCUCUAACACAGAUUCCCAGUAGUCCAGCUUGAUCUGAGGAGAACUUGACAAGCCAGUGAAACAAAACAAGGUUUUUGUCGGUCAGAGACACACAGAAGCUUGUAGAAUCAUUGCGCAAAAAGAAUAAAUGUCAAUUUCAGCUGUCUCAUCAGGGGAUUUACACCACUUGGUAUCCACUCGUUACUUUAGUUCGAUGUGAACACGUGGUUCAAGAGACACCUCCUCAUCCCAUCUAUCUGCUUUGUCUGACUGAGGAGAUGUAACAUUAGUUCUUCUUAAGCCAGCAUGGCCUUAAAUUAUUAUACCUCCCACUUCUUAAUGUAGUCAAGCCCUACUGCCAUUAUUUCAUAAACAGUGAUUGGAUCUGACCUGUUAGCGUGCAUCUCACUGGAGGCUCUGAUGGUCUAAAUCUCAGCCAUCAGUUACCCACAUGAAACAGUGAGUACAAUACUAGACUAAAGUGAGCUGUACUAAAUGCUAGACUAAAGCGUACUGAGCAAUGGUGAGGAUCACACUGCAAUUAAUGACACCAGUUAUGAAGUUCAUUUUCCUCUAAAGCCAAGGGUUUGGUUACUUAGGCUUGGAGUUGUUUUGAUACACAAGUACAGGACCACUUUCCUCUCUUCUCUAAAUGAUGUGUAAACCGAUCCUCUUCAUCUGGACAGGAGAUGGAAGUGGAGUCAUUAUCAGAUCUGGUUUAAUAUUUGCAAAAACAAUAAACUUCAAAGAGAGAAAUAGUACACACUUGGAAACAUGAGUAUAGUCUCUGCAGAUUUAGAGCAUGUACAACCUGCUCAAGAAAGGUGUAUGAAAUACAAGGUAGCAGUUUUCUAACUUGUUCACUUUAGAAACAAAAACACACACACCAAUGAUAUUAAGAUCAGUGCGAAACAAUCCUCGGGGGGUUAGACACAGAUUUCGAAUAAAAGAAAAUGACCAAAAAGAAGUUAAGUGCUUGUUUAAUGAAAAAAGCAACUCAUGUAGUUUUAAAAACACUAAAAUCGAAAAACAAGUCCCUCCAAAGUGGAGACAACGAUAAUGGAAAACGUACAAAACACACUCAAACAUGUUCAUUCAAUCCCACCUACCAAUACACAGAUUUCAUAAGGCUGCAGUGUAAUUCUACACGCUUACACACAUCAUUAAGCCUCUCUCAUUCGCCUGCACAUGCUAACAGGAUUGUCCUUUCCAGUCCAUUAGUUUGAGGUUACAUAGUGUUGUACAGCACAGUGAUAGCUCGCUGCUUUUUCUCAGCAGACGCUUUGCGAGAACGUCUCGAGUGUCCCCUCCCUUGCUGACAUGAUGUAGUGACUGACCCUCUUCCGGUGCUUUCUUGCUCCCCCUUCAUGUCAGCGUCACCUUUUUGAUGAGUAAUGUGAGGUAAGCAGGGAGAUGGUGAAAAUGAUGACUCUUCCAGAUCCUUUUCCCUGAGAGACAGUACUGUUUUUCCAACGCAGGUGUUUUGAGCCAACACUUUCUGCUUCUUCCAGGUGUCAUCAGCGUGAGGUGGGGGAAUAUGGGAAGAGUCUUGGGAGUGGAGUGAUGUUGUCUCGGUGUGCGGCUUCAAGUCUAGGUCACAGAGGUCAUUGGUUGACAGCUCCAGACAGCCCAGCUUCGCCAAAGAGGCUGACCUCUUCAUUAGAGAAGGAGUUGUGAGGCCAGCUUGACGGAUACGAGAUUCCAGCCUCACACCUUUGUGCCGCUUUGGCUGUUCUAGGCAGCUCCUCUCCUCUUGCUCUCUCAGACCCUGCCCCACAUGUAAGGUUGUGGGGGUCUGUUCUAAACUCUUCCUUCUAUUAGUGUCUUUCACAUUUCUAACUUUUCCUUCUUGUCUUUCAACACCCUUGUAAAGGAAUGCCUGCAGCUCUCUUAGUGUCUCUUCAAUCCUCUCGAGCCUUCUGCUAUCACAAUCCAUCCAGCUAUGGCCGUCACAACCAGGGUCACAGGCCCCUUGCCCACCCUGGGAACUGGACUCCUCAUCUGUUUCAGACUGCUGCCCUUUCACCACAUCCAGAGUCACUGGGUGAGAACAGGUGUGAGGCUGGGGCUGAACCAGUUGGCACUGAGUUGAGGUAUCUUUGGUUGAAUUACGUGACUGGCUCGGAGAGACCAGAGAUGGCGAUUCCACAUGGCUAUCAAAAUUAGGGAAAGCCCCACAUGCUUGGCUCGUAUUUGAGAUAAGGGGGUCUGUACCUGGCAGGUCAAGUCUCUGAAGUUCUGUGUGUGACCAUGUUUGCCUCUUUCUGUCUUUUGACUUACAAGAUUCAACUGUGUUUUCUCUCUCGGUGAUAUUUUUCUCUGAUAAGUCUUGAGGGGAGUCAAGUGGAGGAUGCUCAUUGCUUAAGGGACAUGGGGACAGCCUGAUAGCUGUGUGCUUGGUGUUUGGGGUAUGAAAUGGGGAUUGCAGAGGAGCAGCUACUUCCAUCUUGCACUUAAGCUUCUGCUCCAGCUGCUCAGUCACUCUCCGGACCAAACCGGCUGGCCAAUCACAUGGCAACGUGGUCGAA